CGGUUUCCCCAUGUCCGUUCCCGGGACUUCCUUCACUUGUUGAUGUUGAACUACCAUUUUUGACAUUAAUGGUUAUCGUCUCCUGCCACGUUAUGAUCACUGGUCGUCGUUUUCUUGGCCCCGUUGUCCCACGACCGACUCGCAAUCAUCACCUUGGCACUGCCGGAACGUUAUCACACUCACGGUGCGAAACCUGUCCGGUCUUACUACAGCAGUACAAGAAGGUCGGUCUCACUGACGUGGUCAUUCCAACACCCUCUGGGUUUCUUGGACAACGGGAGAAUAAUGGCUCCCCCUCACACUCGCUUCAAACCCUCAUUUCACAAUCGUUUGUCACACCUUUCCCGCCACUUGUUCAACCGUGCUGAGUCUCAGCACUCUUCAAUAAAGACUGUAGUUCCUGUACAUGAGGAUGAUGAUCCUAAUUCGUUGGAUCGACCACAGAAUAUCAGCGUGGACGGGUUCAACCAAGGACUCAAUCCGCCUGAAGAGCCCGAGAUCGACCCCACCUCAUGUGACAAUCAUCUCUCCGACGAGCAUGCUUGUUCAACGUUAUCUUUUGAAACUGGGAAUUUUGCGGUUGGAUCGCCACGACAUGUUAAGGAAGCUCUCGUUGCCCGACAGAGUGUGAUCCAUUCUACAAGUACUGUGACUCAUGCGACAAUAGUCAGUCCGACUAACAAUGCUGCUGUCACUGAACCUCCCACCUCUGCAACUCCCACCUCCACGUCUUCUACCCAUACAUCUUCUCCCCCUGAAACGUCAACUACCAACAAUAGUUCUCAAUUGCCCACGACGACCACUCAUCAGUCGUCUUCUCAGCAGUCCCCUGCUACAUCAAGCUCGCACACUGUAUACCCAACAUUGUCAUCUCCUAGUGACAAACCGACAGACACCCCAACAUCUGACACACCCACAACCACAAAAACCGCAUCGCUUCAGCCUAUCCUGGCAUCUGCUACAGUUUCAUUGGACGGGACUGUAAUGGCUUCAAGUUCGAGCCCGUUGGCUCAAUCAACAUCAGUGCCUGACACCAAUUCAAACCCUCAAUCACCUCCGAGUCCACACACGGGUGCCAUUGCAGGAGGGGUUAUCGGAACGGUCGCGUUCCUAGCUCUCCUAUUUUCCAUUGUGAUAUGGUAUCGCAAGAAAAGACACCGACACUCUGUGACACCUUUCAUCCUUCCCUCAACUGCAGGAACAACGCAGAUUGACUCAGCGACCUGGCUAAAGCCCCAGAGCAUAGGUGAUGCCGUCCGUCCAAGCAGCGGUGUCCCAUUUUCCCCUCAAUAUUCCGACCCAUACCUCGUGGAGUUUCCUGGAAACAGAUACCCGUCCUUCGUCACAGAUCACGUGUCAUCUCACUUGCCCAGCGAUGAUGACGUUUUUGCAUCCACCCGGAUUGCCCGGCGUCAAGGGGCCAAGGGACUAGAAAGAAUAUACCCAUAUCCAUCUCGCGCCCGUACCUCAGGUCACUAUUGCCGUUCCAGUGUAGAAAACUGGAUCGAGCAAGUUGUUAUGGAGGAGGAUGGUUCACGAGAACCGAGUGAAGUGUUACCGGAGUAUCGUUCGGCAAAGUCUCUGAAGAGGGAAAAAGCAGAUGAUGAUGACGACGAUUAUGUCCUUCCUAAUUCUUAUCCCCCCCUCCCCUGAUCGUUAGUCACCAGGACCAUGGACAAUGUGAUGUAUUUUUGACGCUUUAUGUACCACACCUCGUAGUCGAGUGUAUCAGUGUGACUCCUGGACUUCUAGACAAAAUUAUGUAUGUGGUGACUGUAUAUUUGUUCGCUCAC